AUGGAUGGAGAGACGCCCCACUUUGUCCGUGGCACGUUCCGGCUGUUGAACACCCUGGAUGGCGCGGCGCAGCUCACCACGCUGAUGGUGACUUGCGUCGCCGUGAAGUGGAUCCGCUCCUACACGCUUCGCCUAAGCGUCCGCAGGGCCAGCGCCGCGCUCAUGGUCAUGUUCUUCUUCCUUGUGUGCUACUACGUCGCCCACCUGGAGAAGCAGGGCAUCACCAACCGGCGACGCUUUGUCGCCUACACGCAGGAGGAGUUCGCCUACCACGUCGCCGGCGACGUCAACGUGAUCCAGCGCUACUUCUGGAUGGCGGCGCGCAAGCCUUCUAAGUACGGUAACUACCGCCGACUCAACAGGGUCUCGCAGGCCCUGCUGGACGCCAACCGGGAUCUACCGGGCGCGGUCAACCGGACCUGGUCGUUCGUCAUCGUUCGCUCCAUGGUGCCCAGCGCGUUCGUGCUGCCCAACUGCCGCUCCUACUUCUUCGAGGGGCUCUUCAAGGUAUGCGAGAACGACGACAUCCUCUCGUUCGUCGUGGCCCACGAGAUGGCCCACUGUCUCCUGGACCACACGCUCGAGAAGGAGUCCCUCGCUUACUUCCUGGACAAGCUCAACACGCUCGUCUGGGCCUCGUCCCUGGCGCUGAUCCGAGGAAACAUCAAGGGCCACCCUGGUGCCAUGGUUCGUGACCGUUCUAUGGAGCUCGAGGCCGACUCGCUGGCACUGCGGAUGGCCGCCAAGGCCUGCUUCGACUUCCGCUACAGCGUAGUGUACUUCGACAAUGCCGUGGCGCUCAAGAAGAGGGCCAUGGGCACCAAGAAGACGAAGAAGAUAUUCUCGACGCACCCGACGCGCCGAGAGCGCGUCAGCGCCCUGUACGCACAGAUGGACGCUGCCCGGGAGCUUCACAAGGACAGGAACUGUCCUCCGCUCCUGCCGAUGCGCAAGAAGGACGAGGCCAGAGUCGGGGCGCUUCUUAGUGAAAUCGCCCAAGAGGGCACGGAAUAA